GGAGAUAUUUGCUGAACGGAAGAGAAGAUUCGAAAACGUGACAAGAAACCGAUUAGAUAGAGUCGGCCGAGCAAUGAGGCUGAAGUCUCGAUACCCAGAUCAAUCUUGUUCAUCGCCCCGUGAAUCUGAGCCCGAUUCUCCGAGUGUAGGAAUACCGAUCUCGAGCCCUUAUGAUCCUUUCACCAAUUACCUUUCGCCGCGGCCCAAGUUCCUCUGCUACGACCCGGAACGGUUUCAUGAGAUCCUUCGUCGACUGGAGGAAGCGAAUGAUGUUUUUGGCGGUGCAAGUAUCGGUUCUGAUUUGGAAGGCUCCGUCAGUGAGGAUUCAGCGAAGCAAGGGCAGGAGGGUUCUGACUCUGACGGAGCAAGUAAUGAAGUGGAGUUGCCGCAGAUUUUCAGUUUGAGAUGGUUAUGCGAAUUGCUGCUUUUGCUUCUUGUUUUGGUGCUGUUCAUGGUGUGUAUCUGUAAUACGCGGAUUACAUCUCUACCACAGAAUUUCGAAGAUUGGCACAAAAGUUCUAGUUAUACAUACGAAGUUGUUUCUGAGAAGAUGGUUGAAUUUGAUGAAAUUGACGUCUCCAAUAAGAGCAUUUCUUCUCCUUCAGAUGAAGUUCGGGACAUUGAAGGAAGGUACGGAAAUUUGAGUUUUACACAUGAGGAGGCUUCUGAGAAGAUAGUUGAAUUUUUUGACAGCGGAAGGAAUGCCACUCAAACCGACGUCGACUCAUCCUCAGAAGAUAUAGGGGAUGCCGCGGAGUGGAUUGAGGUGAUGAAGGGUAUGUUGCGAGAGAAUUAUCGUUACGAUGAGCUAGGUGAGACUGGUGAGGUUUGGAAGAGGGUCGAAGUUGAACCCGAAGAAUCUUCCAAGGUGGCGGAGACAAGAGUCGAGAAAAAUGAUGAUGUCUGCGAACAAGAAAAUGGAGGCGUUGAGAGCAACUUUUAUUGGAUUAAGAAGAGCUUAGAGCCUCAGGGGAGUGGAAUUGCCGAGCCGGAAGUUGGAAGCGAUACUGAAGAUUUGCUGCUAGAAGAGACUCGUGAAUUUGGUGAAGUUACUUCAGCGCUCGUAGGGAUUGAAUCAGUGACGAAUGCUGUUCUUUAUAGUUCUGCCGCAGCAGUUCUUGCAUUUGUGCUGCUUGUGUUGCACUCGAGGAGGAAGAAAAAACUCGGUAAUGAUUCGUCUCCAGCCACAGGACAUUCUUUCAUAGCGCCGCCGAUCAAGUGUCCCCGUGAAUUCGCAGAGAAGCCAGGAAGAGAGGAUCACUUCGCAUCUGAUUCGAUCCCUUCUUCUUCUCUCGAGAGUUGUCCUUCGCUCGGAAGCUUUACUACUACUGAGAUGAUAUCGACAAAAAGGGAGGAUGGAACCGGAGAAGCUUGGAUCAGUAUUGCCACUCCAGUGAGGCGAUCCAGCCGAAUUCGCGACCGAUCAAAGCGAAUUCGGCGACAUCUGAUGAGUUCAAGCUAGUUCCCGAGCACGGGAAACGGGGAAAACAAUCUCUUCGGUGGAGAUUCAUUCAGCGCGACUGGAUUUGUUGAACAAAUGAAGCAAUUCCCAUUGUUUUUUCUGUAAGGGAGUUUGUGAAGAAGAAUUGUAAUGGUGUAAUCCGAGGGGGGUGAAUCUGCUCAGAAAACUCCGCCACCACCUUGGUGAACAAAAAGCUCUCUAGAUUGCCCUCAGAACAAUGCAAAUUCGAGCUCGACCUGAGGUUUUGUGAAUGUCUACCGCCGUCG